AUGGAUAACUUUGGCGGUCAAGUCAAAGACUCCUUUGACACAAUCUUACAAAAGGCACCUCAUCUAAUCACAACCGAAAAGAAGAAGAGGCUUGCUGCAUCAUUCCAACAAUUACAAGAGGAGAAUAAAUCAUUGAAAGGAGAGAAGAAGAAUUUGAGGAAUAAGAUUGAUGAGGAGACUAAUCUACUUGAGACAUUGAUGGAUCAGGCCAAUGGUCUAAAGAAGAUAUUGACCGAGAAGGACCGUGAUCUUGAGGCACUCAAUCAAACUAUCAAAGACCAGAAUGAUCAAUUGCAACAAACAAAGAAUAGAUUACAAGAGGUUACAGAAUCAAAGAAUGAGUUGACGACAAAGUUGGACACAGAGACUGGACUGAAGGAGGCGUUGAUAGCCACUGAGAAGUCAUUGAAUGAGGACUUGCAGCGUACUAGACAGUCGUUGGAGGAGCAGAAUGAUGCCGUCGAGAGAUUGAGAGAACAGUUGAAGAGUGAGGAGGAUAAGCUUUCAGCAGAGAUCAAUGAACACAAGUCAAAUGUGGAUAGACUCAACGAACAGUUGGCCAAACACACCGCAACCAUACAGGACUAUACUUCACAAUGCGACUCGAUGACCAAUCAGCUGGCAGGCCUCAACACAGAGAUGGACGGUCUACAGAGCACUUUGGACCGUGUGAUUGAGGAGCUCAAGCAGUCCAAUACCACACUGACCUCUGAUCUCAAGGCUGAGCUCGAUCAAAAGACCGGUCUCGAGGCCAAGUUGAUCGAGGUCAACAAGCGAUUGGGCGAGUUGGAUCAGUUGGCCAGCGAGGAGAAGACACGUCUCGAGCAGCUGCAGGCUGACCUGGAGGCCGAGCAAUCAAACAAGAACAAUCUCGAGGUUAAGCUCACAGAUAUCACUCACAAGUACGAGGAGCUGGACAAGCUGGUGGCCAACGAGCAGAGCAACAAUGAGAAGCUCUCGAGCAACUGCUUCCUGCUGUCGUCCGAGAAGGAGCAGCUGCAAAAGGAUAUUGAAUCGAUGCGCGAGGAGAUGGUCAACCGUGCCAAUCAGAUCAGCGAGCUGACCAUGCUGCGCACGACGCUCACAAUGGAGAUCGAGGGAGUGCGUCGCUCACACAUCAAGGAGAUGGAGGAGCUGACCGCCCAGCUCCAGGAGGAGACGAGCAAGCUCACCGAGCUCACUGGCGAGCUGGCCACGGCCAACGCCACGAUCGAGAGCAUGACCAAGGAGAUGCAGGAGCUCACCGAUGACAACACAUCACUAAAGUCCUGCACCGAGGAGCAAAAGGCCAUGUUGGAGAACAAUCAAAACACCAUCAGACAGCUGGAGGCCAGUCUGCAGGAGAAGACCAGCGAAUGCGUCGUGCUGAACAGGACAUACCAAGAGAUGGAGUACUUUAGGGAGACGCUCAAGCAGGAGAAUCAAUCGAUUCGCGACAUGAUCACACAGGGCAACACCGGUCUGGACGAGCGUCUUGCCGAGAAGGACGAGUAUCUCACCAAGAUCCACGACCUGGACAUCAAGGUCAUGGAGAACAACAACAAACUGGAGGAUGCCAGGCGCGAGAAUGAGAAGAACCUGCAGAGGAUCGAGCAGCUUACCGCAGAGAUUCAAGAGACACGCGAGCAGCUCGACAAUGAGAAGAUGUUGCGAGAGCAGGAUCUAGAGCGAGUCAAGAACGAGAAGGAGGUGAUCUACCAACAGCACGUGCAGGAGCAGGUGGAGAAGGAGGAGGCGGCCGAGCUGGUCGUGUCGGACCUUAAGACUAUGGUGGACAAGGCCAACAACGACCGCGACAUCAUGGAGAAGGAGCUGAACAACUUUGCACAGCGUCUGUCGGUGCAGUCAGAAAAGGUGCAAGACUACGAGAAGACCAUCAGCGACCUGCGACGCGAGAUUGACGCUGUGUGCCAGACGCGCGACAACCUCAUCAAGGAGCUGGACGAGGUGCAGUCCAAGCGUAUGGACGGCGCCAACAACAACGCCUCUAGCGAGGAGAAGCUGCUAAGGGAGUUCAACGAGCUCAAGAUCAAGCAACAGGAAGAGAGCAACCAGAUCAAGCGACAGAUAAGCGACGAGCGACAGACUUGGGAGUCGAGGCGAUGGGAGAUCGUUGCCGAGCUCGAGCAGGAAAAGAUGAAGAGCAAGAAGAUGCAGGAGGAGCUGCUGGAGGAGCGCAGACGUCUGGGCGUCGUAUCAAAGACCGUCGAGAAGUUCCUCAACGAGACAUCAUCCGUGGACACAAUGACACAGGAGGCCUUCUUUGCCAUGCUGGAGGCGGCCCACAAGGAGCUGCUGGACGGCUUCCACCACAAGCGAUCCUACUACGACGACGAGGAUCUGCUGUCACAGCUGCACAUGGAGCGUGAGGCACGACGAUUGGCCGAGUCCCAAGUGGAGCACUUUGCUGUACUAUUAGAGAAGAAGAGACAGGAGUUGAACGCAUUGAAGCAUCCAUCACAACGAGAGACACAGUCGGGCUUCUUUAGCAGUCUGGCCAAGACGUUCAAAGAGUACAACAGCGACGAUACCUACACCAGUCCCAGUGGCGCCAAAGGUUUCCUCAAGCGGACCUUCACUGGCACGCAAAAGAAAUAA